UGCUCAGGUGUGAUGAACAGGAAGUGUUCUUCCACCUGUGUGUGCAGGUAAACAGGUAAACAGGUGAGGCUGCGAUGUGACGCUGUUUGUCCACGCAGACACGGACAUUAACGGUAAUCUAAGUCAAAGGAUCGUUAAUCGUUAGUAAUCGUCGUUAAUCGUUGGUGGGCGAUGGAUAAACUGAAGUCGGUGCUCAGUGGAGAAGAAGCGCGCAGGGAAGACAGGACCGUGUUAGAGACUGUAAAUGAAGCCUCGUCGCUGAGCUGGGCCACGCGCAUCAAAGGCUUCGUGGCGUGUUUCGUGGUGGGAGCCGCCUUCACGGUGCUGGGGGUGUGUGUUCUCUUCCUCCCCAGAAUCGGCCUCACACUCUUCAUUGUCUUUUACACCUUUGGAAAUGUUUGUGCUCUGGGCAGCACCAUGUUCCUCAUGGGACCGCUCAAACAGCUGAAGAGGAUGUGCGAUAAAACCCGAGCUCUCGCCACCACCAUCAUGAUUACCUGCCUGGUGUUGACUCUCUGCGCCGCCUUCUGGUGGAAAAACUUUGGACUGGCUUUGUUAUUUUGCAUCUUACAGGUGUUAUCGUUUACCUGGUACAGUCUGUCGUACAUCCCCUGUGUGAGAGAAGCCCUUUUAAAGAUGUUGGCCAUGUGUAUGAAGUGAGCUGAAUCUUCAGGCUGGAUGACGUGAAGGGGGUGGAGUCUCUUUACUGACGUGUCUGCUGUGACGCCCCCUGCUGUUCACACAUGAAGACACAUUUUACGUCUAUUGCUGUUUCCUCUUCUUGUUUUUACAUCAUUCUCUAAAUGAAUUAGCUAUUUGUUACUACGAGGAGGAUUAGGAUUAAGACCACGUUUGACAUUUUACUGGAAACAAAAUUCAAAGAAAUAAAUAAGACAUGACUGAGAUUAAAGUCUGAGGGAAAAAAGUCUGUGUUCUGACUUUAUUCUUAGAAAAGUCAGAACUUUAAGAGAUUUAAGUCAGAAUUCUGACGUUAGUAUCAGAUUAGAAUCAUGUUUUUUUUUUCUCAGAAAUUAGAUUGAAUUCUAACUUUAAUCUCAGAAAACUUAGAAAAAACUCCAGAACUUUUAAUUUUAAUCUCAUAAAUCAGAUUUAUGAUAUUUUAUAGAGUUUUGAAGAUUAAAAAUAUUAAAGUCUGAAUUGUGCAGUUUGUAUUGUCAUUAGAAAUCUGAGAUUAGAUUCAGAAUUCUGAUUUAAUCUCCAAUAUCUGGGUGGAAAAAGUACUCUGAGAGAUUAAAGACAGACAUUUGUGAGAUUAUGAUUCUGUUUUUUUUCUCAGAUUCUGACUUUGAUCUUCGAAUUUUGGCUUUUUUAAAUUACAUUUGUAACAUAUGUAAAUGUUUGUAAUAAAUAAAUGUUAAUGUUUUAUCUCUUUUUAUCAUCUCAUCUGUGUUGACGCUGAUACGCAGCGCCUCAAAGCUCUGCCCACAAAACACAAGUGUUUUUUUGACAUAAUUAAUAUUUGAUCUGUUUCCUCUC